AUGGUUAAACACGCCCCGCUCGGCACUGCUGCCAUCGUUUUCCUCUCGGGCUCCAUCGUCCUGCUGCUCUUCGUCAUCCUCUCUGCUGUCCGCGACGCCGCGCCCCUCAACAACACCUAUUUCCUCGAGGCUGACACUACUGGAAUCACCGGCGCACGCAACGGACUGACGCGGUGGAACUACUUUUACUAUUGCAACGACCAGAACGCAGAGUGCUGGGGUGCCUGGCCUGCCCCGGCCUUUGGCUGGGCCUGGGGCCGUGAUGCGGCCAACGUUCCCACCGGCCUUUCAGGUAGCCACGGAGGCGGCACCACCAGCACCGAGUAUUUCUACAUGUGGCGCUUCGGCUGGGUCAUGUACCUGAUCGCCCUCUUCUUCAUGGCUCUUGCCUGGUUCGCCAGCUUCCUCGCAUGCUGCGGUCGUCUCGGCGCCGCUGUCGCCGGCCUGGUCUCCGCCUCGGCUCUCUUCUUCUUGACUGUUGCCGCCUCUUUGAUGACCGCAACAUUCGUCAAGGCACGCAACGCUUUCCAGGCCGAAGGUCGUGAGGCCCACAUUGGCACCUACGCCUUUGGCUUCACCUGGGGAGCCUGGGCCGCUCUUCUCAUUGCGACCCUACUGUUCUGCAUCGGCAUCCGUGGCGACAAAGGCUACUCUGGAGGCAGCCGCUUCAGCCGCAAGCGCAGCACUCGCAGCCGCCAGUCGUUCGACGUCAACAGCAGCCGCCGUGUCAAGGAAGACUAUGCAUAA